CCUUUACUAUGAACAUAUAAAAGCUCCCGACGAAUUGAACAUAAAGUGCAUAUUAGAUGUUCACUACAAAUUCACACUUUACCUUUACACGCGUGUACAGUAAUAAUUUGAUCGUUGGAAAGAAAAAUUGAAACUGUUUUAUAUUUUUUUACAAUCAGUAAAACUAAAUAGUAAAGAAUGUCUCUGAUUUUUGAUAAAAAGUUCAAGCUGGAAACCAGCGAAAAUUUUGACGAAUUCUGUAAAGCUCUGGGUGUUAUUGAAGUAAUGCGCACGUUGGGCAAAGUAAUAUCUCCGGUGGUGGAGUUGACCAAAAAUCAAGACGGUAAAUAUGUGUUGACCAGCAACACAAUGAUCAGAGAUACAUCGAUCGAGUUCAACCUUGGCGAAGAAUUCAUUGAAGAGACAUUAGACGCCCAUAAAGUGAGGUCAAUCAUCACCCAGGAAGGCAACAAGCUGAUCCACAUUCAAAAAGGUUCAAGCAACAGAAAAGAGGCGACGAUAAUCAGAGAAUUUGAACCCGAUCAACUCAAAAUGACGAUGACCGCUGAUGGAGUCACUUGUAUAAGAAUUUACAAACCAAUCAAAUAAAUUUGAAAUGACAACGUCAAACGUAUUACUGACAGCAGUAUACUAUUAUAUAUAAUGUAAUAUUGUUUAAAUCUUUAAGAUUAAACUAAAAUUUAAACUAGGUACUGUAAUUUAUGUUAACAUUAAAUAGAUACCUACUUAAUAAUACUACAUUAUAUGAUUUAACGAACUAACCUUAUAUUAAUUCUAGUUUUGAGUUAACUAAAUCAACCCUUUUAUGAUUUGCCACGAAUGAAUACAAUAUAAUAUAUAAUGUAUCUAAUUAUAUUUUGUUUUGACGUUAAUUUUAUUCAUUCGUUAAUAUGGAAUACCUUAUAAUUGCCUACCCAAAGCGCUGUCGAACAUCAAAAAGUUUCCAUUAUCAAUAAAAAUGCACUUCAUAAACA